AUGUCUGACAAGAGAAAGCGUCUAUCAAACGUUAAAGUUAAUUUAAAUCUCACUCCUCCCAAAAAGAAAAGGGAAGAAGAAAGUUCUGUUUGUCUGAUACAAUGUAAAGAACGUGAUAAAUCGGCAACAAUUACAAAAUUCAGCGAGAAAUCACGUGAAUCGGUUUACAACGCAGCAAAAAUCAGGAAUGAUGUCAAUGUAGUUUCAAUAUUAGAUGAUUGUGGUAAUAAUUUUCCAGCAUCACAAUAUGGUUUCCAUCGAAAAUGUUACCAGGAGUACACCCAUCCAAAGUCGUUAAAAAAAUUGGCGAGAAAGUCAAAUGCACAUGGCGUGUCGACGUGUCAAUUUGAGCUCCUCAAGCCUUAG